AUGCAUGGAGCGCUUCAGAUGCUGCAUCGUGAGGACGAUAUUUAUGGCGGUUUUCCUUCAGCCGUCCUCCUCGCUCCCUCUACUCUUACAAAUGGUAGAAAGCUGCCCAUUAUCGCAACCUCCAGUGAAGGCACACCAAUCGGCUACAUAAUUACGCCUAAUCCUACCAAUGCUGAUUCAAAAUUUGUCGCUAAUGAGACAACGGUCCAAAAGCAACAAAUAGGAUCUGAUGAUGCUUCUUCCAGCUCUACCGGUCACGUAAAAUCCACCUGCAAUGGUCUUCUGUACCGACUACCUGAUGGAGGCUAUGCAAAGGUGGAAAAGAAUUACAUGACAAUCAACCCCAAGCUCUAUCAGCAAAGCAUAUAUCGAAAGCUCCAUGUUCAUGAAGAAUGGAACGGACCUAUCACCCAAGCAAAUAAUGCUCAGGAGGAUAAUCACGGCAUUAAGAAAAAGGUUGUUGUGGCCCAUGAAUCGUCGCCUGUUUUGGAGGGAGGAACGGGCCACGAGGAAACUGACGUCGACACACCACAAUGA